UGUCAAACUCAAUAUAAAAAAAAUUGACAUUAAGCUGAUUUCUCCCAGAUGCUGACACUUUGUCAAUAUCACUUUGGAGCAAAGCAAAAUAUCAAACAAAAAUAGUGUGUUUUUUCUUGACCAGAUUUCUUUUUGACUUCCAAGAGAUAAACACAAACGGAACAAAAUGAUAACAGCAUUAACCAAAAACAUCUGUCAACAUAUUAAUAAACCACUAAUACGGACAUGUGUGGCCUCUGCAACCGCCAAGAAAACCGAAAGUGUUCACAAACAAUAUGACGCCUUGCAGGAGCAAGCCCUAAAAGAACAAUGUAUACUGGUGGAUGAAAAUGACAAAGCUAUUGGUUUUACUACAAAAGCAGAUUGUCAUCGUGUACAUGCUGAGACCAAAGAAGUGAAAUUACACCGAGCUUUUUCUGUAUUUCUAUUCAAUACCAAAGGAGAAAUGUUAGUCCAAAGAAGAUCUGAACACAAGAUCACAUUCCCCGAUACAUAUACAAAUGCCUGCUGCAGUCAUCCCCUGCAUGAUAUUGAGGUCGAGCGUGAGGAACUCAAUGCAUUUGGUAUACGCAAAGCUGCCCAACGCCGCCUUAACUAUGAACUGGGCAUACCCACAAAUCAAAUAAGACCAGAAUAUUUUCAUUAUUUAACUAGGAUACAUUAUGCCAAUACAGGAGACGGUACUUGGGGUGAACAUGAGAUUGAUUAUAUUCUUUUCUUACAAAAAGAUGUUGAUUUAAAACCAAAUUUAAAUGAAGUCAGCGAAGUACGUUAUAUAAAACGUCAGCAUAUUGAUGAUGAGAUAAAAACAUUCGAUGCACCUUUGACUCCAUGGUUUGAGUUAAUUCUAAAGAAUCGUUUAAAACUCUGGUGGGAUAAUUUGCAUCAAUUGAAAAAAUUCGAACAGCACAAUGAAAUACAACGUUUUCUGUAAACAAAUGGGAAAAUCUCUCUUGUUGUAUAUUUAUUGUUAAGUAUAUUAGUUUUAUUUCGUAUAGAUUUUUAUUUGUGUGAUGAACUUAUUCAAUUUUAACAAGACGAACAAAUAAACAAUAGACGAUUUGCAUAUUUCGUAUAGAUAUUUAAAAAUAUUUAUAAUUUUUACAAGGUUAACUAACCUAAAUCGGUAUAUGUACUUUUGAGUUAUUUUAUAGUGAGGAGAGUUUCUCUUUAUAGUCUCCAAGUAAUCUAAAGGAAGGAGAUUAAUCUAUUAUGGAAUAAUAACUGAAUAAACUUUCUUUUUAGUUAACUUUUGCAGGUUUAAUUUUCAAAAAUCAAAUAAGGAAUAUUUGAUUGAAACAGCUUUCAUAAACGAAUAAAUAGCUUAAAUUAGAAUUAAUGAAUUAUUAACAUAAAUUAAAAAGAAACUUUAUAAAAACACAUUUAUAUAUAUUUUUCCAUAAGGACACAAUGUUUUAUUUCAAAAAAAUUUUCAUUCACAGUAACAAAAUUUAAAGUCCUUAAAUUUACAUUAUAGUUCUUUAACGUUAAGACAAUUCAAGAAGACUUUUUUCAAAUUAAAUUCAAAGCAGAAAUUAUAAUUUCAGUUUGAAAAUAAUAAAUAUUUGUAUAUGAUAGAUUAGUUAUAUGACUUAAUAUAUAUAAAAUAUAUAACAAACAAAAAAAUUAUAUAUAAAUAUAAAAAAUAUUAUAAUUUCUGUAUUUAAUACAAACUACUUUUAAUAAUAUGGUUGAAAGAGAGGGAAGAGGAGGGGUAUGCAAAUGGAAAAUGCGUGAACUAAAAUAAUGUGCAGGUAAAAUAUGAAGAAAGUCUUAAAGAAAAAAAUAAAUAGCAUUGUUUUUUUUUAAUUUCAGUUUUUUUUUUAGGUAAUGAUCACAAUUUGCAUAUCAAUCAUGCGGCAUGAUAUCAAUGAGUAACUUAAAAAACUAAAAUAAUGUAGUUUAAGCAAUAACUCUACAAGUUUAGUUUCACUUUUCUUUAAUGUAUAAAAAAAUAUAUGUUUGUUUUCAUUUUAUAGCACUAGACAUAUUUUUUUUGUAUGUUUUUUAUAUUAUAUAAUGAUUACAUAACGUUUAGUAUAAGCUCUUAAAUAUUUGUUUAAACUCCGACUAAAAUGUAAAAUAGAACACAAUAAUAACAAUAAAUGAAUAUAAAAAAAUGGUAAAAA